CGGUACAGCUGCUUCCGGGCUCCAGGGCUCCAGGAGGCCGCUCCCCGGACGCUGGGCCCCAGAGCUACCCGCCGUGCGGAACACCCGGCGCCUGGGUCCCCAGGUAGGCCGGCGCUGAGCCUCGCGACUGCGAUCUCCAAGGACAUCUCUGUUCUGACCUUGCGGAGGCCGCGUCUCAGCUGCGCCCUCACGGGACAGUGGGGCCACUUUGUGGAACGAUCGCUUCCCAAGUUAAGGGAUGCAUGUAACGAACUGGAGUUGGCUGGACACUUCCAUCGCGUCUUCCUCUCAACAGAGGCUUCCUGUUCUUUGAGCUCCCUUGGGCAGCAGCGCUUUAAGGCUCCUCAACUUUAGGACCGAAGGACCCUGGGCCACCUUCCUUCCUGCUUCGAUGGAGCACCACCCCUCCCCUUUGUGGGACACCUCGGGGUGUGGCCUCGGUGAGUGAAAAUCGGGGUGCCGACUGCUGGGGAAGAAUUCUGAAAACACAGAACAUUGUGGGGGUGACCCUGGCCUUGUGAGGCCCUUCACGUCUUUUAGUGUGGGGUGGCAAAUGGAUUUCUUUCCCCCUAAACUGACAAGGAAGCAGGCCAUUUACCAUACUUGGGGCUGCUGCGUGAGGCCUCUCUGAAUUCCGAGGACGGUACCACCAAGCAGACACCUAUUCUGAACCGCAACAGAUUCUGGCUUCUGAGGCGAUCCCGAGGGGCUUAAGCAGAGUCAGGAGGUGGUCGCAGAUUCGGGGAGCUCAUUCUACACUCAGUCAUGUUCCUUCGACGGCUUGGUGGCUGGCUACCUCGACCUUGGGGCCGCAGGAAAUCAACAAAGGUUGACUCGCCUGCCCCAGAACCCAGAUGGGUGGACAGCUCCCCCGAGAAUUCAGGGAGCGACUGGGACAGUGCCCCAGAGUCAAUGGGAGAUGUGGGGCCUCUGAAGAGCAAGGAUUCAGGGACACAGAAGACCCCUAGGACCUCUUCAGAGUCCAGAAAGGAUCAGCUGGGGAGCAAAAGAACGGAUUCCCUCAGGCUCAGGCGGGACAAGACUGUCUCUAGCAUUCAAGAGCCUGCAAGACUGGACACUGGAGGAGCCAUUCCCAAACCAGAAUGGGACCCUGUGGAUUCAGGUGGCAUGGAGAACCCUGAAAUGUCCCCUCAAGGGAGACUAGACAGCGCUGGACCAGAAGCCCCACUGGAGAAAGCUGGUCGACGGCAGAAGCUGUUGCGUUGGCUGCGGGGCGAGCCAGGGGCCCCCUCACGUCACCUGCGGGACCCAGAGGAGUAUCUGCAGAUCUCUACCAACCUGACCCUGCACCUGCUGGAGCUCCUGGCCUCCGCCCUGCUGGCUCUGUGCUCCCGGCCCCUUCGAGCUGUCUUGGAUGCUCUGGGCCUUCGAGGACCUGUGGGCCUCUGGCUGCACGGGCUGCUGUGUUUCCUGGCUGCCCUGCACGGGCUCCAUGCUGUGCUGAGCCUGCUCACUGCCCACCCCCUGCACUUUGCCUGCCUCUUUGGCCUCUUGCAGGCCCUGGUGCUGGCUGUCAGCCUCCGAGAACCUGCCGAGGAUGAGGAGGCCGCUGGCUGGGAGAGUGAGGGGCAGGGGAGGGAGACUGAGGAGCAGAGGGAAGGUCCAGGAAGGGUGCUGUGACUGGGUGAGGCAGGGGGCAAAGGGUGAAGAUAGUGGUUUGGCCUUUAGGAGGAAGGUGGGGAAACCCGAUUGUAAGCACAGUGACCUCAGGGAUGGGGAGGGAGACUCAGGAGCACAAAGGCGCAGGGGCCCCUAUUGUAUAAGCGAAGGGCUGCUUACGGUGUCCAGCGAUGGACAGUGGCAUCACCCUGGAGUCACCAGCUAUGGUUAUUUCUUGCUUUUACAUCUAUCCACCAGUUCUUAAAAUUUUCACCUCCACUUUUCAAAAGCAAAGACAAGAAAAGCGAUGGUACAGAAUGAAGGCCAGAGGGUCCUUUCCAACCCCAGGGGUGGACUAGGCCAGAAGCAGGACAGAGAUCUCUGCACUAAGAGGUGACGGGAGAUCCAUGGCGUCUGUCCCUUGGGCUCAAGGACCAGAGCCAUCUGGAAGAGAGUGGGGCUGUGAGGUAGGAGGAGCUGGGAUUCUAGAAGGGGCUACAGGGGUUGUAACACUUGCCGGGAGGGUCUGAUACUCCACGGGACCCAGAAGACAUGGGUGGUGCGGGCCCUACUGGCCAGAGGACCAGCUCAGAAGGGCUGGCGGUUCUAACGGGCAGUGGAGGUUAUCACAGCGCCUGCCAUCUCCACUCGGCCUGUUUGCUCACUCAGCAAUAAAUGUGCCACACUAAAUCCUAAAUAUACCAGUACAAUGUGA